UUUAAUGCGCUGGGGACGUCAUCACCCUCUCCUCUUGCCCCUCCAAAGCUGGCCCAGCGGUCGGAGCUACAUGCAUACAGUACAUACAUACAUAUGUUACAUACGUACGUAGGUCGACUGCAGGGAAAGGGCAUUCGCUACUAGGAUGGCCGCCGCAGCAAUGGCCGCCAACUCGCUGCGAGGCUACCUGACUCCGACAGACCUCAACUCAUAUCAUACAAACUUGUGCAAGAAGUUCCUAUGGCUUGCCGACGAGAAACGUGGAGGGACAAAGGGAGAUUCAAGGAACCCUUUACAUAAGAAGGCUCCACCACCACCGCAGGCGCUGACUGAGGCCAGAUUUGGGAAGGGCAACCAGGUGUGUACGCCAAUUGACGCGACAGCGGGGUCGAGCGACGCGAGGAGGUUGCGAGGCGAAAGCGAGGCCAACUGGGCCAAAGGCACAGGGAUGCUUGAGUGGGAAAGGCGACUACGAGAGCGACUGAAAAAAGAACAUCUCAUCCUCGCUGGUCCCGGAAGCCCGCCAAUCAGUAUCGAAGAACUCGUCAACCUGAUCAAACGUGACCAUCGCCCGCAUUUCUACAUUGUCGACCUAACAUUCCAGUCACCGGAUUUCGAUGACCAACUAAAAAGCCGGAACUCGCCUCCAAAAUCAGUCCGUUUCGGAACAUUCAAACCAGACUUCCUAGAAAUCUGGCUGAACCGUGAUGACGCGGGCGCGCUGGUUGAGAUCAAAUUCAGGGUGAUUGAUGCCAAAGCGUCGCGGAAGGUCAAAGUUUCGCAUCAGGUGCAAGUGGGGUUUUACUGGCUGGCUCUGACGGAGCUCUUCAAAGAUUGGCGUGAAAAGUCCGAUUCGUCACGCGUGGAGAUCGUUCCAGACGAGAUAGGCGAGAUCUGGAUACCCGCGAAAGGAACAGCUCUGGAUAUCUGCGAUGUUCCUUCGCCAAAAGGAUCAUUCCCAUUACUGAUGCUCCAGCCCCUUCUGGAAACGUUCUUAUUCGAAGAGCUAUCCCGACUCCUUUCGACCGAUCUCACCAACGUCCCAUGGCAUCUCAACCCCCUCUGUCAGGGCUGCGAGUUCUUACCACGUUGUCGAGCGGAAACCGUGCGCGAGAAGAGGUUGGGGAAGAUACCUCAUCUCUCCGGGGCCGAUGCAGUCUUUUUGAAGGAGGUGAUACAGACUUAUGGGAGCGGGAAGAGGAGCGAGCUGGAGGAUUUGGAGUCUAUUGUCCGGGUAUCAGCCCUGCGUGAUGAUUUUCCUGCGUAUAAGCGGUUGGAGCGGAUGCUGGCCAUCUCGAACGUGUCGUUUCAACCCGCUGGACGGGUCGUUGACGCUGCUUCUAGAGCUGUUUCGGACGAAAUUCUCGGGCCUGCCACUGACGAACUCGCUCGCGUUGAAAAAUCUACGGACUGGGCAAACCAACCGGGCCCCACAUUCGGUGCGGGUCAUGACACCGCACCGAAAAGCUCAGUCCUGACAGCCGCGCUGCAGGACAAAGUCGCUCCACUCUUGCGAAGCUGCCUAAUAUUCCCACGGGAGGAGGACAUCAGCGUAUACCUGACUCUAGGCGUCGACCCAGAAACAGACCGACUAUACGCCUUCUCCAUCCUGGCGUCGGACAGCACAUCGGACGCCAAAACAAUCCACGAGACCUCCGCCAUCGCCAACCCAAACCCACUCGCAGUGUUUCAAACCACGUUCAUCGAAAGCCUUGCAACGCUGAUCAAAAUGUUAUUGGACCGAAAGGAAUCGCAGGCACCUGAACCGGUGCGGGUCCAAUUCUACGUCUUCACCCGCGCCGACUCGGACACCCUCGCCCAAAUCCUCGUCGACGAAGCCAUACGUUCCCCCGAAUGCACCGAGGCGGCCAAACUCUGCAUCGGGGCGCUGUUAACCCAGUCCUCGGUCCUGCUCACCAGCGUGCAGCCGGAGCUGCUGGCGAGUGGUCUACUGCUCAAAGUCCGCAAAACAGACCGUGUGGAUGAGAUAAGACGGUACCUGCGUAUUUUUGGUGGGAGUGGGAUCGAUGUCACGGGGGCGAAGGAAGUGAUGUUGGCGAGGUUGUCGGCACUUUUGGAACGAGGAGGGAAUCCGGCGGGGAGGGAGUCGGGGCUGCAGAGAAUGUUACCGAAAGUCGCGGUUCUGCAUGAGUGUGUUAGGGCGUUGGUCGCGCUUCCCAUACCCGGGUUCUACGGGAUUGAUGGGGCAUAUAAAUAUCUGCUGGGUGACGACGCCACGGGAGAGGAUACGGAUAUCGGGGAUACCAUCUACUCCACCUACAAAGCCACCCCCACAAUCCCCAUCUUGCACACCCACCUGAAGCGGCACGGAUCCAAAAUGCUUGCCAUCGCCACCGCUUUACGCCAUCUCAUCUCCACCUCCACCCUCUCUUCCAUCCGCAGCAUACACGACAUCCUCCCCAACACCGCCCGGGAUUUCUCCGUAACCUACAUCGACGUCUGCCACCACCCCACCCUCCGCAAACUCCUCUUCAUGGCCCAAUACGAAGUCACCGUGGAGCUCCAAUCCCUCAUCCACGACCGGCUAUCCAACACUCACACCACCCGCCUCGUUUACCACGGCGAUUCAAAUUUCACGUGUACGAGUGGAAGCGAGUACGUGGACGUAUCCACAACGACCGAGUGGCGGAAAUAUGGGUACAUCAUCACGAAGAAUCACGGCACCGAGGUGGAUGUUGCUGCGGUGGGGUUUGAUGAUUUGGCGUUUGCGGGAGCGUAUGGGCCGCUGAUUAGGGGUGGGGAGACGUGGGGGGUUGCGGAGGUGGUUGAGAUGGAUUCAAGUAGCAGGGUGAAGAUUGCUGUCCGGGCGGGGAGGGAUUUCUUGCAGGAGGGUGAAGGGUAUAUAUUGCGGAAGCGGAUGGUUAAUUUCAACACGGCGAAAGUGAUCAAGAGCUUGUUGGCUAUCGACCAGGCGUCCCUGGGUCACGCGACAAUGCCGUUUUUCACACGGUUGCUGGAUGAGGAUGCCGAGAUGGAUCCCCCGCCGAACGUCGCCGAGGACGCAAAACUCGAAGCGAGGUUGCAAACAACGUACAGGGAGUACUACACCCUAAAAGGCGGCGAUCGGCCGUUACUCCUCGCCACAAGCCAACGCAAGGCGUUCAAGGAGAUAUUAGAGCGGCCGAUCGCGGUUAUAUGGGGCCCGCCAGGACACGGCAAGACGCAUACGUUGGCGCUCGCGGCGUUACGGUUGAUGGAAAUCACUGGCCGCCGCUCGAAUGCACGGGACCCGUUCCGCGUGCUUGUGACGAGCGCGACGAAUAGCGGGGUGGACACGUUAUUGCGCAAAUUUGAGUUUCUGUUAUCGAACGUCAGACAGGUGGAAGGGCUGGAAUCACCCUGGCGCGACCUGGUCCAAGUCUCCGUGCUCCCCAAAGACGCCACCAAGAUGCCCAAACCCGCCGACUUGCCCACAUACGCGGUCGUGGGCGGUACGGUGUGGGGCAUCUACAAAUGGCGCGAGCGGCUCAAACACAUCGGCGACGCGUUCCAGUGCCUGAUCAUCGACGAAGGGAGCCAGAUGACCGUCUCGGAAGCCGCGAUCGCUAUCGAUACCGUGAUGCAGAACGGGACCGGCAAACGUUUGAUCGUCGCGGGGGACCACCUCCAGCUCCCGCCCGUUCUCAAAGGCGGGUACCCCGACGAGACCCGCUUGUUCGGCUCAGUCCUGGAAUGGCUGGUCGAGGUCGAUGCGGACAGUGAGGAGAAACGGGACAGGCGGAUGACGAUGUUGCAGGAGAAUUUCCGGAUGGUGAGGGACCUUUGUAGGUUUAGUAAUGAGUUGUAUAAACGCGGUGGGGUGUUUUUGCCGAUGCGUGCUGGGGAGGAGGGCGCGGACUUUGCGGCGGAGGUGCUGGGGGGUGGGGAUAUGGCGUUGGUGUCGUCGCCGAUUGUCCAGUCUCCUACCGCCGCGCUCCCGUCGUGCCCGCGGACGACGAUCCUGCUCCCUGAACCGCAUGCCCGACUGGAGGAUCAAUUGCAGUAUGAGGCCAACAUCGUAGCGCAACUCGUGCGCUCGUUGCAGCUGUCGGACGUGGAUGGGACGAACAUCAAAGUGAUCACGCCGCAUCGGGUGCAGCGGAGUCUGGUCACGAGAGUGUUGAGGGACGCUGGGUUGGAAGUCGAAGUCGUGGAUACUGUCGAGAGGGUGCAGGGAACGGAAGCGGAUGUGGUUAUCGUGUGCUAUGGGUUCGCGGGGUGUCGGUCCUACCACGAAUCAACUCUAACAUUCACCUACCACCUCCGCCGUCUCAACGUCGCCCUCUCACGCGCGCGCGACCGGUGCAUCCUCAUCGGCACACGGGAACUUCUCUACCCACCCCUAUCCGUCGUCGGGACCGGCGAGAUGCGGGAUGCGCUGGCACGGGUGUGGGGGUUUUUGAAGGCGGGGCUGAUACGGACGUGGGGUGGGAGACGCGGGUCGUUGAUGAGUGAACUGAGUGUGGAUGGGGAGGCGGCGUUGGGAUAUGGGAGUUUUGAUGAGGAGGCGCUGAGUAGGAUGAUGACUGGGUUGGGUGUUUGAUGGGGUGGGUGGUAAUAGCUUGGAGGCAGGUGUGCAAAAGCGGCGUGGGUAGUAGGUAGUGUUUGUUAGCCUAAGAAGUUUACCUAGUUUUUGGCAUUCAGUUCAU